AUGGUUCAUCGACAUAAUAAUUUGAAAUAUAAGCCUGGUGGUCCUGAAGAUGGAAAGACGGAGAUGACAAUGGAAGAGUUCACAAAAUUUUUGUUUACCUUCGACGCAAAUAAGGAUGGACUUAUUAGCCGAGAGGAGCUUCGUGAAGCUCUCAAGAAUAGUGGAAACUGGUUUGCAAAAUGGAAGGCAAACCGUCGCAUGAAGUAUGCAGAUACCAACGGCGAUGGUGUAAUUGAUAAGGACGAGAUCCCAAAGCUUGCAGAGUUUGCUGAGAGAGAGCUUAAUAUCAGGAUUGUAUCCUACUAG